AUGCCCGAAUUAUUCCACCAGGAGGCAGAGGCCGCCUGGUCCACCUGCGUCUGCCGGCCUCCUGCACCUACCUCUGCUGGGCCUCUGUUUCGACUGGGCAACCUGGCUCUGGAGGGCGGGGGCCACUUCCAGGGGGGCCCCGAGUGUCUCUUAAGGAUGCAAAACCAGUGCGGCAGCCACGUCCUCUUCCAGGAUGUGCAGCAGCCUUCCCACAUGAGUGGGGUGGAACUCGGCACGCCAGGGAGACGCCAUGGUCACGGAGAAGGACCUGGACCAGGCCCUUUUGCAUCUCCACGCCUGGGUCCUGCCCGCACAGACACCCAGCUCUGCGACUUCCUGGAGAACCACGUCCUGGGCAAGGAGCUGAAACUCAUCAAGAAGAUGGGAGACACCUGA